AUGCAAAUGCAACGAAGGAGAGCAACUAAUCAGGAGUUGCAACAAGGUAUGGAAGAGAUGAAAAAGGCGCAAGAAAGGCUUGAAAGGGAAGCAAAAGAAAGUCAGGAGUUGCCCCUGGAAGAUGCCAAAGGUGAGGAGACAGUAGGACAAGAGUCAAAGGAAGAAAGGUUGAGGUUAGAGGAUGCCCCAAAAGAAAGGUCGUCGCCUGCGCAAAUAGAAAGUAGGAGCGAUAGGGCUAGCCAAGACCACCCCAAGACUUCACCUGCUGCCAUCACCCCAGCCAGACCAGGAUCAACUGCCUCCGCCCCUGGCCAAGCCAAUCCAGGUGAUAGUCAGCCAGGAACUGUGAGAACUCCGGCGACGAUAGAAGGACGUCGGAAAGAAGAGGCCAACAGGCGUUCAGUUGGUGACACAGGGGGAGGAAGAGAAAGUGGUGUUUGGACUGCUGUUCAGACUCCUCACAGUCAACCAGUAGGAUCUCCAGAAGUUUUUCAACCAUUGUUCACAGAAGAACAAGUGAAACAGAUGGAGCUCCUUCACAGUAGGGCACCGUGGUUGUAUCAAGACGCACAAAGAACGUUUUUUCCAAGGAGACCUUCUUUUUUGGAGCAGGAAGAAGCUAGGAUGACCAGAGAAUCCACUGAGCUUGCAACUCUCCGGUCUUACAUGAAAGAGUUAGUAGAUCGAAAUGAAGAGUUGACGAAAAGGGUUCAGAUGUUGGAGGCUGGGAUUGUCAAGCCAGAAGUAGAGCUGUCUUUUUCCACUCCAAAUGGAAGUCACAAGUUUGAAGACUCAAAGGAGGCUGCGAGACCACCAGAAGCCCCACAGGAGGCUGCGAGACCACCAGAAGCCCCACAGGAGGCUGUGAGACCACCAGAAGCCCAAAAGGAGGCUGUGAGAUCCCCAAAAGAAAGGCAAGGAAACGUUGAGGAUUCUGGGAAGACUCCGCUGCCAGGACCCACUUCUUUGCCAAAGCCAGACCUUCAUGCAGCUCAAGGUGCAACUGGGUUUGCUGAGAAGUCCAUGGAAUUCAUGUCGUUGAUGAUGGAGAAUAUGAAAGAGAUGCAUCGAAAGUUGCAUGAAGACAAAGAAGAAAGUGGAACCAUCCGAGGGGUGGAGGUAGUGAGGUCAGGGACGCAUGAGCUUCCCCAGCUGCCAGUUUGGAGUUCGACGCAAGCUCCACUUCAGUUGAGCGACUGGCUGCUGCUUAUCGCACCGGUGAUUUCAGACUUGGCAGCUACAGCAGAAACGUGGUGGAAAACGAUGGUGGCAGAGGCUGAACAGUGGUAUCAGUCGCACAUGCUGUUGUCACCAUUGGAACGUCUUCAACAUGGAAGUGAACAACCUGCGGCAUUGAUGCAGGAAAAGUGGCAGAGGCUGGAGAGGCGUGUGGCCACCAUGAUGCUCCAGUCGAUACCAGAGCAGGUUCGAGAGGAAUUGGUCUCGAGCAGAAAACUCACAGUUUUUGCAAUAGUGACACAUUUGUAUGUGACUUAUUGUCCUGGAGGGAUUACCGAGAAGCAGAACCUCCUGAAGAAUUUGGAGGAGCCAACAGAAGUAGCGAAUGUCAGUGAGGCACCCUCCGCAUUGAGGCGGUGGCUUCGAUGGCGUCAAAGAGCCACUGAAAUUGGAGCCACGAUGCCAGAUCCGACAUUGCUGGUACGAGGGUUGCUGAGGAUGACAAGAAAGGUGUUGGAAGCCAAUCGAGAACUCCAGUUCAGAGUGUCACUAGCCAGACACGGACUGGGGAUCGACACAGUGCCGACCCUGGAGAGCGUGACGCAGUUUGCCAUGCAUCUUUUGUCAGAAUGUGAGCAGAUUUCGCAGAUGGAGAAAAAGCCAAUGACUCCAGCUCCAAAAGGCGAGAUCAAGCUCAAGUCCGUAGAGACAGAAAAAGAAGAUGCAGCAAAAGGGAAAGGUAAAGGAAAAGAUCGAAGUCCUGAGGAGGAAAAGACUGAGAAGCCUCGGGCAAAGUGCAGAUUUUUUCUGACAACAGAAGGCUGUCGGAAGGGAAAGGAGUGCCGUUUUUCCCACAGUGAGAAGGAUGGCAAGAGGAGAUGUUAUACAUGCGGAUCCACAGAACACAUGGCACCAGAGUGUCCGAGGAAAAGUUUGAGUGAGUAUCCACCGAAGCAGAAGAUGGUGAAGGCUGAAAAUGACUUGGGCCAAGGAUCCAAGAAUGCUGAGGAUCCAAGCAGUGAAACGGAAACUAUGAAAGGGCUUAUUGAGGAAGCCAACAAGAUGCUCCGAUCCCUGACAGCCAAGUCAGGACCAUCAACUUCUACUUCAUCCAAUGCCCCUGUGAAGGAGGAGGAGAAUCGAAGUGAAGUUCUUUCAAGAUUGCAGGCUCAGCUGAACUCUCUCAAGGUUUUCAAGCUUGGCCGAAUCACAAGAGACCUGACGAAGGGUCUCAUUGAUAGUGGUGCAACACACCCUUUUCGACCAUUGAGGAGCGAGGAGGCCGAGACCAACAUGAGAAGUGUUGAGGUCACCUUAGCAGAUGGGAGAUGUGUUCAGCUGAAGAUGACGACAUCCGGCUCAAUGGUGACGGAUGAUGAAGAAGUAGAGCCAAUAGUUCCAAUGGGCACGCUGAUUCAGGUUUUGGGAUGCGAGGUGAACUGGUCAAAAGAUGGUCUGCAAGUUCACCACCCACGACAUGGUCCUUUGAAGGUUGAAAGUCAUGGAGGAUGUCCCCAAAUUUCUAGGAAGUUGGCGCUGGAGUUGAUUUCAGAGAUAGAAGAUGCAAAAGGAGGAGUUUCGAUCAGUCGCUUGGGCUUUGAGGGGGAGAUGGAGUGGAUGAAACGUUUGGUUGCAGUACAUCCAGUUUUGUCACAGCUUCCUGAAUGGUUGAAAAGUCAGCUGGUGGUCGAACCUUCCGACUGGAACCUUCUUCCUGUCAAUCGAAGGCAUCGCAGAACUUUGAGACAAGGAGGAUUUGCUUUGCACUUGUUUUCAGGAGAUGAAGAAGGCUAUACUCUGAAGAGAUCAAUCAAGGGCCAAGGUGGGCCCCACCAGCGACUGUUGGAAAUUGACAUCAAGCACGGGCCAUCACAUGACCUUUUGAAAGGGAAUGGCCCUUAUGCUGCGCUGUUGCGGGCAGCAGUAGAAGGAAAGAUCCUUUCAGUGAUUGGUGGCCCCAACUGCAGGAGCCGAAGCGUUUUGCGACAUCGUCCAGUACCUGGCCAGCCUGAUGCUCCGAGGCCAAUUAGGUGUUGGGAUGGAGGUGAAUUUGGAGCACCCUGGAUCACUUCAAAAGAAGAAGCGAUGUUGCGAGAGGAUGAUGUGUUGAUGUGGCGCAUGCUGUUUUUGUUCAUGGUUGCCGAGUACACCAGACGAGCGCAGAUGAAAGUUGACCCUGUACAUCUGGUGCUUGAGCAGCCAGCUUCACCAAAGUCCUAUGAACCAGAGGCAGUCUCAUUUUGGGACACCAAAGAAUGGAAAGGGAUCCGAGAUGAGUUCAAGCUCAAUGAGGUGACCUUCAAUCAAGGGAAUCUUGGAGGUUUGGCACCAAAACCAACGACCCUUGGCACCACCUUUGACCUGUGCAUGGAAGACUAUGAAAGACCACUUCAACGUGAUCAAGAGGUCAAGAGUUCCAAGCAACUGGAGAGGUGGGCUCCGGGGUUGAUGGAUGCAGUUGGUGCCGCAACAGUCAAAGAGGUUUUCAAACAAACACCUCAGUUGAAGGCCUUGACGUUUGAAGAACAUGUUGCAUUUGGGCAUGUGCCCUAUCGACGUGAUUGUGCAGUUUGUCAAAGGGCAUCACAACAGAAUUUCCCACACAGGAAAGUCAAACAUCCACAGGCAGGAGUUUUGGCAUUGGAUACUUGCGGUCCUCUAUUUCCUGCGAGUGAUGUUGGAGGAUGGAAGUGCCGAUACUUUCUUGCUGGCUCUUACACCUAUAUGGUGCCAAAAGGAUCGACAAAGAUGGAAGCUCAACAGGAGGAAGAAGGAGGGUUAGAAGAAGCUCCAGCUCUCGAGGCUUUACAGGAUGACGGCGGUGAGUGCCGGGGGGUUGCGGAGGAGUGGCAACAACCCGAACGCCUCCCGCCCAACGCGGUGGGCAUGGUAAGGGGAGAUCAAUCAUCUCCCCGGCGACCUCCACCUGCGGAAGCUGAGGAGCUGGCAGAGGAAAAAAGGGAGGAGGAACAGGAUGAUGGCGGUGAGUGCCGGGGGGUUGCGGAGGAGUGGCAACAACCCGAACGCCUCCCGCCCAGCGUGGUGUGCAUGGUAAGGGGGGAUCAACUAUCUCCCCGGCGACCUCCACCCGCUGAUGCUGAACAGCCAGUUGAGGCUCAGGAGGAGGAGGAGGAAAAGGUCGAAGGUCCGGAAGAGCCGGAUCCAAAAGAAGAGCUUGAGAUGCGAGUCUUCAAGAUGGCACUUCCCAUGCGAUCCAAAAAGGCCAAAGAGGUGACGAGGGCGGCUAUGGAGAUGAUCCUCAAGUUGAAAAUGGAUGGAUACCAAGUAUCAAGGAUUCACUCAGACAGAGGCCAUGAAUUCCUUGGAAGCUUUGAGACAUGGACGAAGGCGAGAGGCAUCCUUCUCACGAGAACGUCUGGAGACGAUCCAAGAGCCCAUGGAAGAGCUGAAGCCACGGUGAAGUCAGUGAAAAACCAGAUCAGAAGGAUCCUGAUGCAUGCUGGAGUUGGGUCGCAAUGGUGGCCCUGGGCAUUGCGAUAUUUGAAUGAGGUUUACAGAUGCCAAAGGCUGGACAAGGUUCCUGACUUCCCAUUGUUUCUGCAAGAUGUUUUGGUGAGGAGGAGACGAUGGAAGAAGCAGGCGUUUGAGCCAACAGUUGAGGUUUCAAAAUAUUUGGGUCCAGCGCCAGAGGAGAAUGGACACUGGAUCAAGGCUGGAGAUGAGGCACCACGAGUCACACGGUGUUUCAUGAGAAAAGCUUUGGAACGACCAGAUGAAGGUGUCUGGCUUGCAGUAGAGCGAGAAGUUUUGGAUGCGCUGACAAAGAGGAGGAGAUUGAGAGGAAAGACCACGGUUAGAAGGCUUCAGAUGGAAGAACCUGAGAAUGAUGAAGAGGAGGAAGCGGCCAAAGUCGCAAAGAUGCGGAUGCAGUUUACAAAGGUAGUGGAGGAGGAGAUGAAAAUGAUGCUGGAAGAUGAUCAAGAGUUGAUCACAGAAGAGAUAGAAAUCUUGGCGUCUCUCAAGAAGAUCCUGAACUCACAGGAAGUCAAUGAGGACGACGAGAUCUUGCAGACCAACAUCAUUUCACUGCAGGAAGUGUCCAAGAAGUGGCAGGAAUGGCUUCCUGCUAUAGAUGCAGAGGUGAGUUCACUUCUUGAAGAAAAAGGGGCGAUGGAGGAAGUGAGUGGUGAAAAGCUGGAGGCCCUUCUCAAGGAGGCUGAAGAGAAAGGCAUGCAGGUUGAGUUUUUGCCGUCCAAGCUGGUGUGCACGAAAAAGCCUGGAAAGAAAGGUGGCCGCAACAAGAUUCGAUGGGUCAUUUGCGGCAAUUUUGAACAGGUGAAAGAAGGUGAGAACACCUUUAGCUCUGGCGCUGAUGCAUCAGCACUACGACUUUUGGUGGUCACGGCCUCAAAACAUCAGUGGGCGGCCGGGACCGUUGACAUCAAGACUGCCUUUUUGAAUGCCAGUAUGGAUCCACAAGACCAGCCCAGUUUGUUGCUGGUGAAACCUCCACCGCUGCUUUUGGAGAAACGAUACAUGAAGGCAGGCACAUACUACCUUCCGAAGCGAGCUGUCUAUGGGCUCCGCAGAUCCCCACGGCUUUGGGGCGACUGCCGCGAUGAGGGCCUUCACCACAUGAAGGUUCAUGUCCAAGAAGGAGAACGAGAUCUCACAUUGAGGCUGAUCCCAUUGGACUCUGAACCCAAUCUCUGGCGCAUUGAGGAGGAGGGUCAGGAUUCCGAGACAGUCCCAUUGAUGAAGGGGCUGUUGAUGACCUACGUUGACGACAUCUUUGUGACCGGAAGUGAUGAUGUCGUUGAGGCGGUCAUGACGAGCAUCAGAAAGCUGUGGACCACAUCUGAACCAGAUCAGGUGGGAGUCAAACCAAUCAGGUUCUUGGGGGUGGAAAUAUCAAAGGUUUUUGACCAAGAGAAGGGCCGUGACAUUUGGUACAUCGGCCAGCAGUCCUACAUCAAGGAGCUCCUAGCCCAAGAUGAGGAUGAAGUUUUGGAGCGAAAGAUCCCCAUCACCAAGGAUCAGAGUCAGUUUGCAGAGGAGGAGAAAAAGACCCCCGACUUGAUCAAGGCUGCACAGAAGGCCACGGGAGAGAUGCUGUGGCUUGUGACGCGCACCAGAGCUGAUUUGAUGUAUGCAGUUUCGAGGAUGGGGUCCAAUGUCACAAAGGCCCCUCAAAAGGUUCUUCAAAUCUACCAACAGAUCAAAGGAUACCUCAAGAAGACAUGGAAGUUGGGCCUGCGUUUUGAUGCAGCAGGUCAAGAUCCGGUCGUGAUUGAGGCUUUUUCAGACGCCAGUUUUGCACCAGAAGGUGAGGUGAGCCAUGGAGCCUUUUUGGUGAAGGUUGCUGGAUGUUUGGUUUUUUGGAGGAGCGGAAGGCAGAGUUUCAUCACCCUGUCGACGGCAGAGGCAGAGAUGAUGGAAAUUAUGGAGAGCAUGGUAGCUGGGGAGUCAAUAGGAAACAAGAUGACGGCGGAUAUCGGCACGAAGCCUCUGUCGUCAGAGCGGAUCAAGGUUUUGAGAGAAGAAAUGAACAUGUUUGAAGUUCCAAGCACUGAAAAGGAGGAAGAAGAGAAGAACGUGGACGAGAGCGUCCCAAGGUUGAGAGAGGGAGCUGGAGCUGACCUUGAGAAGGCAGCUGUGGCUUCAAGGUUGAGAGAGGGAGCUGGAGCUGACCUUGAGAAGGCAGCUGUGGCUUCAAGGUUGAGAGAGGGAGCUGGAGCUGACCUUGAGAAGGCAGCUGUGGCUUCAAGGUUGGGAGAGGGAGCUGGAGCUGACCUUGAGAAGGCAGCUGUGGCUUUGAGGUUGAGAGAAGGAGCUGGAGCUGACCUUGAGAAGGCAGCUGUGGCUUUGAAGCUGCUGACACUUGCAGCAGUUUUGUCAGUAGCGAAAGGAGAAGAAGAGGAGGAAUCAGAUCAAGAUGGAAUGAUGGAAUUCAACAUGAUGAUGGCCGUAUUCACCGUGAUGGUGAUCGGGGCUACGUUGGCGAUUCAAUGCUUGUGGAAGGCUUGGACAGAGAGGCUGAGAACCAGAGUGCGAAGUCAGGCUGGAUCGGCCAAUCAAGGCCUUGUUGCAGAAAGAAAAGGAAAAGGAAAAGGUGGUGAGAGCCGGGGGGUUGCGGAGGAGUGGCAACAACCCGUACGCCUCCCACCUAGUGCGGUGGGCAUGGUAAGGGGAGAUCAAACAUCUCCCCGGCGACCUCCACCAAGCACUGGUGCGGUGGGUAUGGUAAGGGGAGAUCAACUAUCUCCCCGGCGACCUCCACCAAGCACUGAAGGGCAGGGAGCGACAUUGCCCCAGUCGCCGUCAAGGUUUGAAGACCCAUCCAGCGAAUCUUCUGAGGAGCGUCCAUAUCGUCCACUGGAUGAACGACACAUCCCCGAAGUGGACAUCGAAGGCGAGUUGCUCAGAAUUGCUGAAGAAGAAGCGAUGGUGCUGGAUGUGCAGAGCGAUUUCUCUGCAGACUCGUGGAAGACCCCCUCCUGGAGUGCAGUUCUUCCCCAAGAACCUGAGAAGCCAGCCACCAAGAAUCCCGAGUUCGGAGUCUUCACAGUGGUGGUGCCAACCGGCGAGUUUUCCACCCUGGGUCUCACUUGUUGUCUGCUGACAGAUGUCCACAUGAUCUCGGAAGUGAACCAGGGCGCCAUCUCCAAAUUCAACGAGCUCAAUCCCGAUCAGAGUCUUCGGGUCUACGACCAGCUGAUAGCCGUCGAUGAUGUCGUGGACAAGGAAGGCAUCGAUGUGAAGUUGGAUGGCAAGCUGCCGGACAAGAUGGCCUUUCGGCUCCAUCGACCUCGCAUUGUUCAGGUUGCCUUCAAGAAGACAGGCAGCCUGGGGAUGAAGUUGGAUUUCACCGAGUCUUCAACGGGCGCCCAAAUCCGCGAGAUUGGGCCAAGUGGGCACAUUCCCACAUGGAAUGCGGCACAUCCAGGGGAUGCAGUCCAGGCCACAGAUCGAUUGGUGGAGUUCAAUGGGCAGAUGAAGUUGGGCGGCGAACUGCUUGAUGCGAUUACGAAGGAAAGCUCUGAAAACACCAUGACCCUCACAGUGCUCAAGUACUAG